CAGACUCUACCACCACCACCAUCAUGGACUCUGGAUCAAAGAUUCCGUUAUCACACUCGUUGUGGUCCCCCCACGAGACUGUCAAGGAUGUGGCCGAGUCGUUGGGCAUAAAUUUACCCGAAGAGGCCGCCAAAAACCUCGCCAUGGACGUGGAGUAUCGUAUUCACGAAGUGUUGGAAACUGCCAUCCAAUUCAUGAGACACUCCAAGAGAAAACUCCUCAUGACAGGCGACAUCAAUCACGCGUUGAAGAUGUUGAACAUCGAGCCUCUUUACGGCUACGACAACUCCCAGCCAUUGGCGUUCAAGGAGGCGUUGGUUGGCGCUGGAGGCCAGACGUUGUACUACAUCGACGACCAUGAAAUCGAAUUCGAGAAGUUGAUCAACCAGGAGCUCCCCAAGGUGCCCAGACAGACGACGUUUACUGCUCACUGGCUUGCCAUCGAGGGAGUUCAGCCCAUGGUGCCCCAAAACCCACUCCCAUCGGAAAUCAAGAGCUUGCCUCCAAUUAUCAGAGGUGCUACUUCCUCCAUACUAGGCAACGACAUCUUAAGUUUGGCCAACAGCGACAACAAGGACGCGGCACCAGGAUCGUCGUCGUCCAAGGACAAGAAGGCAGACAAGGAGCUCGAGGUCAAGCCUUUCGUCAAACAUGUGUUGUCCAAGGAACUCAAGUUGUACUUCGACAAGGUGGUCGAGGUGCUUGUGUCCACUGACCCAGAAAAGGAGCACUUGAGAAACGCCGCAUUGACGUCUUUGAAGAAUGAUNCAGGUUUGCACCAGUUGGUACCAUACUUUAUUCAAUUCGUGGCAGAACAGAUCACCAACCAACUCCGCAACAUUGAGAUUCUUUCCACCAUGCUAGAGGUCAUCAGUGCCCUUGCUGACAACAAGACGAUCUUUUUGGACCCAUAUGUCCAUUCCUUGAUGCCAUGCAUUUUGACUUUAUUGCUUGCUAAGAGGAUAGGUCCCAUUUUGAAGGAAACAAACACAGCAGAAGCACAAGAUGCAUUAAGGAGCCAAUUGGCAGUGAGAGAGUUUGCUGCCAUUUUGUUGAAGCAUAUCAUAACGGUGUAUGGCUCGUCAUACUCCACUUUGAGACCCAGAGUCACCAGAACAUUAUUGAGGGCUUUGUUGGAUUCUUCCAAGCCUACAGGGACUCACUUUGGUGCUUUACUUGGUUUGAAGAAUAUGGGCAGUGAAGUCAUCAAGUUGGUUUUGGUGGGAAAUUUGAAAGUUUGGUACAAGCUGGUCAUGGAGGAUGGAACCAAGAGUGAGUUCGAGCAAAAUAUUUUGUUGAAUACAACCAUAGAUACUUUGAGAGUAUUGAAGGUGGACUUGGAUAACAGCGACAAUAUGGAAGUGGACGGAGACGAUAUUUCUCAGGAUGCUAAAGAAAAGUUGAAAGAAAGAAUCGGCGACAUUCUAGCUAAUGCUGUCUUGGAACAAGAUGACGCAAAGGGUAUUAUCAGAGGAUUCUUCUUUGGUGAGUUGACAGUCUGAGUGGGAAAUGGAGAUUGGCUGGAAACUAGAAAAUUUGAGUUGAAUUAUCGUGUUGGCAAUCCUUCCGGGAGAGCGAAGGAUGACUGUUUUAGAAGUAUUCUCCAACUAUUGGCAUGUUAAGGGGCUCUAAAAUUACGUCGUAUUGUGAUGUACUGGUCAUCCGGACCAGGUCUAUGUAUUAUACUAAUGUACAUUAAUAUUACCUGCUGUAACUACCA